AUCUGGUAGAAUUUAAUUGUAUUUGGAGGAUGAAGUCCAGCUUAACGUAUUUGGUUCCCCCAGUGAGUAGGGACAGAAUAAUCUCCCAGUUUCCCAAGUGGUACACACCUGAGGCCUGUCUGCAGCUCAAAGAGCACUUCCAUGCACAGGUCAAGACUGCUUGUCAGCAGAGCACGGGAACACUUGGGCUGAAAAUAUCCAAAGUGGUUGUGGUAGGAGACCUGUAUGUUGGGAAAACCAGCCUUAUCAACAGAUUUUGUAAAGAUAAUUUUGACCGAGACUACAAGGCGACCAUUGGAGUAGAUUUUGAAAUUGAACGUUUUGAAAUAAUUGGAAUACCAUACAAUCUCCAGAUAUGGGACACAGCAGGACAGGAAAAGUUCAAGUGCAUUGCAUCUGCUUACUACCGAGGAGCAGAGGUUAUAAUAACAGUGUUUGAUCUGGCUGAUAUCCAAACUUUGGAUCACACCAAACAGUGGCUAGAAGAUGCAUUGAGGGAGAAUGAGCCAGAUUCCAGCUUCAUCUUUCUGGUUGGAACAAAAAAAGAUUUGGUGUCAGAUGCUGUGUGUGAAAGGACAGAGCUAGAUGCCAUCCGCUUUGCCAAUGAGAUGCAGGCAGAAUACUGGUCAGUUUCAGCCAAAACAGGGGAAAAUGUCAAAGAGUUCUUUUCCCGAGUUGCUGCCUUGGCCUUUGAACAGUCCAUGAUAAAGCAGCUGGAGAAAACUGCUGGGCCCAUGGCCCGAAUUGGGGCAGGAAACCUCAUCAAACUGGAAAAAAACAUGAUGGAAAACCCAGAAGGCAACACUCAAGUCAGCCUGAAUUGCUGCUAA